AGACGACUGCACUAGUCUCUGAUAAACCAGCCAUGGCUAACAACCCAAGUGAAAAAGGAGACUUCAGCUUUGCUCGGACUGGAAGCAUCGGCCGUCAUGGUCUUCCGAAGAUCCAAACCCGCGAGGGAACGACGGAGGUCUGCCACGAUGACACCGCGACUCCGGUUAAGGCCAAGACAAUGGACGAGCUCCACUCUCUGCAGAAGAAGAAGUCAUCGCAGCCCAGCACUCCCCACACCGCUACCGGCCAGCAAGUGUCGGCUUUCAACGCCAUUUCGGAGGAGGAUCGCCAGAAACAGCAGCUACAGUCCAUCAGUGCGUCUUUGGCGUCGCUGACGAGGGAGACGGGGCCGAAGGUGGUGAGAGGUGACCCGUCGGGGAAGACCGAUGGAAAGAAGGCGGUGCAUGUUGAGCAUCAUUUGUAUGAUAGCUCCCUCUUUGGGCUUAGUGAUAGUGCUCUCAAGUUCACCCACAUCCUCUACAACCUCUCUCCCGCUGAACUGUAUGAGCAAGCUAUCAAGUACGAGAAGGGUUCAUUUAUAACAGCAUCCGGUGCCUUGGCCACACUCUCUGGAGCAAAGACAGGUCGUUCGCCAAGAGAUAAACGCGUCGUGAAAGAUGAAGAGACCGAAAACGAGCUUUGGUGGGGAAAGGGCUCACCUAACAUUGAAAUGGAUGAACACACUUUCUUAGUGAACAGAGAAAGAGCUGUUGAUUACUUGAAUUCUUUGGACAAGGUAUUUGUGAAUGAUCAAUUUCUGAACUGGGACCCAGAACAUCGAAUCAAAGUUCGAAUUGUAUCUGCUAGAGCUUACCACUCCCUCUUUAUGCAUAACAUGUGCAUUCGACCCACUCCUGAAGAGCUGGAGGAUUUUGGUACUCCAGACUUCACAAUAUACAAUGCUGGGCGGUUCCCAUGUAACCGUUACACCCACUACAUGACUUCCUCUACUAGCAUAGACCUCAAUCUUUCCAGAAGGGAAAUGGUCAUCCUUGGUACUCAGUAUGCUGGUGAAAUGAAAAAAGGCCUAUUUAGUGUGAUGCACUAUCUCAUGCCUAAGUGUCGAAUCCUCUCCCUACAUUCUGGCUGCAAUAUGGGGAAAGAUGGUGAUGUUGCCCUUUUCUUUGGCUUAUCAGGAACUGGAAAGACAACUCUGUCUACAGAUCAUAAUAGGUAUUUAAUCGGAGAUGAUGAGCACUGCUGGAGUGACAAUGGUGUGUCAAACAUCGAAGGUGGUUGCUAUGCUAAGUGCAUUGAUUUGUCAAAAGACAAGGAACCAGAUAUUUGGAAUGCUAUCAAAUUUGGGACUGUUCUGGAGAAUGUUGUAUUUGAUGAACAUACUCGAGAAGUGGAUUAUUCAGAGAAAUCUGUUACAGAGAACACCCGGGCAGCAUAUCCUAUUGAGUACAUACCAAACGCUAAAAUACCGUGUGUUGGUCCUCAUCCGAAAAAUGUGAUUCUUCUCGCCUGUGACGCAUUUGGUGUGCUCCCACCUGUGAGCAAGUUGAGUUUGGCCCAAACAAUGUACCAUUUUAUCAGCGGCUACACCGCUCUGGUUGCCGGAACUGAGGAUGGUAUCAAGGAACCACAAGCUACAUUCUCAGCAUGCUUCGGUGCAGCAUUUAUAAUGAUGCAUCCAACAAGGUAUGCGGCAAUGUUGGCUGAAAAGAUGCAAAAGCAUGGGGCUACAGGAUGGCUUGUCAAUACAGGCUGGUCAGCAGGAAGCUAUGGAACAGGUAAACGCAUCAAAUUAGCUUAUACCAGGAAAAUUAUCGAUGCUAUUCACUCCUGUACCCUUUUGAAUGCAACCUACACCAAGACUGACGUAUUUGGACUUGAGAUCCCUUCUGAGAUUGAGGGUGUACCUGCAGAAAUUCUGGAUCCAAUAAACACUUGGUCGGACAAGAAAGCUUACAAAGACACCCUGCUGAAGUUGGGUGGUCUUUUCAAGAAGAAUUUUGAAGUAUUCUUGAAUCAUAAGAUUGGGAAAGAUAACAAGCUCACAGAGGAAAUCCUUGCUGCGGGUCCAAAUUUUUGAUCAGAGACGUGUGAUUGGUGAAGGUCAAACGAAAUGAAAUAAAACACCAGCUCAUAUA